AAGAUCCUUCCAGAAAUCCAUCGUCUUCACAGAGGGAACAGCUUGGGGAAACCGAGCGAGCUCGAAGAUGUCUUCCUUCCUUCAGUCGCUUCUGGAUCCGAAGAAGAACUGGUUCGCCGCUCAGCACAUGAAAUCCAUCUCCAAGCGCCUCCGCCACUACGGGCUCCGGUAUGAUGAUCUUUACGAUCCUUAUUACGAUCUGGACGUGAAGGAGGCGCUCAAUCGGCUGCCAAGGGAGAUUGUGGAUGCGCGGAACCAGCGCCUCAAGCGCGCAAUGGACCUCUCCAUGAAGCACGAGUACCUUCCUGAGAAUCUUCAGGCUAUGCAAACUCCUUUCAGAAGCUACCUUCAGGAAAUGCUUGCUCUUGUUAAGAAGGAGAAAGAAGAACGUGAAGCUUUGGGAGCAUUGCCUCUUUACCAGCGCACAAUUCCUUGAGCUCCUGGCCUUUUAUGACUGGUGGUUUUAAUCUCACGGGCCUCUUAACAUGGUAGCCUAUAUUCUGGUGGAAAUUUUCAUUGCACUCUUCUAUAAGGGUUUUCUUCAUCCCAAUUGCUUGUGCAUUGCCAGACGGCAGUCACUAUCCGGUUGUCAUCUAGUUGAAUCUGAUGACUAAGUGACAUCGACUUUUGUAAUAAAUUUAUGUCUAGAAUGUUGAUGAGUACUAGAUUAAUUCUCUUGUCGUGCUUGUCUCUUUGCUAUGGAAUAUAAAAUCUUAUUUGGUCCA